GUAAAUUUAUAUUUUUUCAGAUAAACAAUGAUUUCCAUCUAGAGUCUUGACGCAACAAAUACUAAAUUUAAAAAUAUAAAAAUGUCUCUGAGAUACUGUUUGGGAAACCUGCCGGGUUUGAUGAAUCCUGGAUUCCGGAGUUUACUCCGACCCGUCCUGACGGAGUUUCUAGGUUCUCCUUUAGUCCUGAGAACUGUAGCAACACAAACUAUUCCUUCUAGUAGAAGAGGUCCCAGGAGACCAAAUAGACACAGAGAUGAAAAAUAUCGAGCUGCCAGAAAGAAUAAAGUACUCAAAAUAGAAUUACAAGAUUUUGAAUUUGAAAGAAGAAGAUAUAAAGAUGAGGUAACCCCUGAGGAGUUGAAGGAGAAGAUGAAAAAGUUAGGUUUACCUGCUCCCAGCUCCUGGCAGGAGAAACCACUGUAUAUAUCUAGUACUGGGAUGGUGAUAGAUCAAUAUAUUCCUCCAGAGGGAGACGGGAAGGCCAGUCUAAUCUCAACUGCUAAAGCUAAAGAGGUAACAGAUCUAGUGAAAGGGAAAGGGAAAACAAUGCGAAGCAUCAGAAAAAUACGAUCUUAUCACGAGGAAUUCGAUCCAAGGGAGUGGGUUAAUGAAGCUGAGGAUAUUUACAAGCGCGCGCACGAAGCGCUCGGGGAGCUAGACGAGGACAAGAUGCACAUGCACGUAACUGAGAAAUGUUUCCCUGAGAUGAUGUACAUGGCGCGCAGGAAAACUAUUCGUUGGAAAUAUAUAAAAACUCUGGAACCUCCUAGAGUUGUUUUAUGUAAUAAGACAUUGUACAGGCCAGAAAAGUAUUUUAUGCUAGCCAAUUUUUAUUUAGCCUUAUACAUUUUAAAUGAUUCAAUCUUUUUCAAUGUUCUGAUUAAUCCCGAAAAUCGCAAUAAAGAGCUAGAAACGAUCUAUAAUAUGUUGUGGGACACCCGGUAUAUUCCUAGGUUUGGACGAUUAAUCCAUGGGAACGAGAAUAUAGCUAAGGAUGUUCUUGAGUAUUGUGUAUUUGAGAAACAUCUGUCUAAUGUUUACGGAGUCUGGAGACUCCACUCCAAGAUUAUACCAGACUGGAUGCCAAGAAGCGCGGAGAACGGGCGGUUAACUUAUCUAGUGCCGAAGGAGAAACCGGAGAAACCUACUGCGGAGAAAAAAGAACCGGAGCCUGAGAUCCCGGAGAACAAGGUCGAUGAGCAGGAGGAGCAAGAAUCCUUGUACGACAGGUUUGGAAAGGUUUUGAAACGAGGAUAAUAGAUCUUUUUUAUAUUUCAGA